GUGUAGACCCAAAACAUUCGCUACGAAUAUAAAAAAAGCCAGAGAUGAAAGAAGAUUGAGAUAGGAUAGAAACAAUAAUGGUACACAGUGCAUACGAUUCUUUCCAGCUCCUCACCAAUUGCUCUCCGAAAAUCGAUGCCAUCGCAUCGUACGGCUCAAAGCUCCUUCUCGGCUGUUCCGAUGGAUCCCUCAAAAUUUACGGCCCGGAAUCCUCCGACUCCGACCGAUCUCCACCGUCUGAUCACCAUGCCCCUCGCAGGGAACAGUACGAAUUGGAGAGAACAGUUGUUGGCUUCUCCAAAAAGCCUAUUUUAUCGAUGGAGGUAUUAGCUUCUAGAGAGCUUCUCUUAUCGCUCUCGGAGUCAAUCGCGUUUCAUAGACUCCCCAAUUUGGAGACAAUUGCUGUGUUAACGAAAGCUAAAGGUGCUAAUGUAUAUUCCUGGGAUGAUCGAAGAGGCUUUUUGUGUUUCGCCAGACAAAAGAGGGUCUGUAUUUUCAGACACGAUGGGGGACGUGGAUUCGUUGAGGUAAAAGAUUUUGGAGUGCCGGAUACUGUGAAGUCAAUGUCUUGGUGUGGUGAAAAUAUAUGUAUAGCAAUCAGAAAAGAAUACAUGAUACUGAAUUCGACAAAUGGUGUAUUCUCUGAGGUCUUUCCUUCGGGCAGACUUGCACAGCCAUUAGUUAUCUCGCUUCCUUCUGGCGAACUUCUUCUUGGGAAGGAGAAUAUUGGGGUCUUUGUGGACCAAAAUGGUAAGCUUCUUCAAGCUGACAGGAUUUGCUGGUCUGAGGCACCCACUACUGUUAUCAUUCAGAAGCCAUAUGCAAUAGCUCUGUUGCCUAGACGUGUUGAGAUUCGAUCUCUUCGAGUUCCAUAUCCAAUGAUACAGACAGUUGUUCUCCAAAAUGUUCGGCAUCUUAUCCCAAGCAGCAAUGCUGUUAUUGUUGCAUCAGAAAACUCUGUUUUUGGGCUCUUUCCUGUUCCUCUUGGUGCACAGAUUGUACAAUUAACAGCAUCUGGGGAUUUUGAGGAAGCAUUGGCCUUGUGUAAACUGCUUCCUGCAGAAGAUGCAAGCCUCCGAGCUGCGAAGGAGGGGUCAAUUCACAUAAGAUAUGCUCACUAUCUUUUUGACAAUGGGAGCUAUGAGGAGGCCAUGGAGCAUUUUUUGGCAUCUCAAGUGGACAUUACCUAUGUUCUCUCUUUGUAUCCAUCUAUUGUUCUUCCCAAAACAACCAUGGUUCCUGAACCAGAGAAGAUGUUGGACAGUACUUGGGAUGCUUCAGAUCUCUCAAGGGCUUCAUCUGGAGUGUCAGAUGAUAUGGAAUCCUCAUCUCCACAACAGCUAUUAGAACUUGACGAGAGUGCAGCACUUGAAUCCAAGAAAAUGAGCCAUAACACUCUCAUGGCUCUCAUUAAGUUCCUGCAAAAAAAGAGAGGCAGUGUAAUUGAAAAGGCCACUGCUGAGGGAACUGAAGAGGUGGUUUUAGAUGCUGUUGGAGAUAACUUUGCAUCUUAUGAGUCAACCAGGUUUAAGAAAUCAAACAAGGGGCGUGGUACCAUUCCUAUUAACUCUGGUGCCAGGGAGAUGGCGGCAAUACUGGAUACAGCCCUACUCCAAGCUCUGCUUCUUACUGGACAGUCUUCAGCGCCUUUAGAAUUACUAAAAGGUGUUAACUAUUGUGAUGUAAAAAUAUGUGAGGAGAAUCUUCUAAAAAUGAAUCACUGUGCUGCUCUGCUUGAACUUUACAAGUCUAAUUCAAUGCACCGUGAAGCUCUUAAACUUCUGCACCAGUUAGUUGAAGAGUCAAAAUCCAACCAAUCACAACUUGAGCUUACUCACAAGUUCAACCCUGAGUCAAUUAUUGAAUAUCUGAAGCCACUCUGUGAGACUGACCCCAUGCUUGUCCUUGAGUACUCAAUGCUUGUUCUUGAAAGUUGUCCGACCCAAACCAUUGAUCUAUUUUUAUCUGGGAAUAUUCCUGCGGACUUGGUCAACUCUUAUUUGAAGCAGCACGCUCCUAGCAUGCAGGGUAGAUACUUGGAACUUAUGCUUGCAAUGAAUGAAAAUGGAAUCUCUGGGAACCUACAAAAUGAAAUGAUACAAAUCUAUCUUUCAGAAGUACUCGAUUGGUAUGCAGACCUUGUUGCUCAACAGAAGUGGGAUGAAAAGGUUUAUUCACCGACAAGGAAGAAAUUGUUGUCUGCUCUUGAGAGUAUCUCAGGAUAUGGUCCUGAGGCUUUGCUGAAGCGGCUUCCUCCAGAUGCUUUAUACGAAGAACGUGCGCUUUUGUUGGGCAAAAUGAACCAACAUGAGCUUGCCUUGUCUCUAUAUGUUCAUAAGCUUCAUGUACCUGAACUGGCACUAGCUUAUUGUGAUCGGGUAUAUGAGUCUUUAGUUCAUCAGCCAUCGGCAAAAUCUUCUGGCAAUAUAUAUCUCACUCUUAUGCAAAUAUAUCUAAAUCCAAGUAGGACAACCAAGAACUUUGAAAAGCGAAUUAUAAAUAUGUUAUCAUCUCAAAAUACAAGCAUGCCAAAAGUCGGGUCAGGAACAUCGUUUAAGACUAAAGGAGGACGUGCAACCAAGAAAAUAGCUGCAAUAGAGGGUGCAGAACAUAGGCGAUUCAGUCCCAGCAGCACUGACAGUGGUAGGAGUGAUGCUGAUGCUGAUGCUGAUGCUGACGGUGAAGAAUUUAGUGAGGAGGGAGGUUCUACUAUGAUGCUUGAUGAGGUCCUUGAUCUUUUGAGCCAAAGGUGGGAUAGAAUCAACGGUGCUCAGGCCCUCAAGCUCUUACCUAAAGAAACUAAACUACAGAAUCUGCUUCCAUUUCUUGGACCUCUUUUGAGAAAAUCCAGUGAAGCCUACAGAAAUUUUUCAGUGAUCAAGAGUCUGAGGCAAAGUGAGAACCUGCAGGUGAAAGAUGAACUCUACAACCAGAGAAAAACAGUGGUGAAGAUAACCAGUGACAGUAUGUGCUCCCUUUGCCGCAAGAAACUAGGAACAAGUGUUUUUGCGGUCUAUCCCAAUGGGAAAACACUGGUGCACUUUGUUUGCUUUAGAGACUCACAGAGUAUGAAAGCUGUGGCUAGAGGCUCACCACUAAGGAGGCGAUGAUUAUUAUAUGAAUGUUGGUAAUCAAAUGUUUUCCUAACUUGAGGAACAUGAAUGGCCAUCAUUGUGCAAACAGUUGAGGCUUGAGCAAUUAAUCAAUUUUGAAAGAGCUUUUCUAAGCCUGCAAUGCAUGUUGUCUUGGCGGCGGUGCCAUGCAAUACUAUGUUGUCUUCUUGGUGGUUCCAUGAAAUGGAGAAUAGAAGCAAGCUUUUGCAGCAGAAUGGUGGUUUGUCGAAGGCUUGAGAAGUGUAUUGGUUUUGAGAUUGUGUAUGAAUGUGAAGUUAUUUAUAGUUUUUAGUUGUUGAGGCUUUUUUAUAUUUGAUUGAAGUUGCUUCCUGUAAAAAACAUGGUGUAAAAGAAAGGCAAUGGAGUAUAUUUUUUGCUGCUUGUAGGCAGUUUGUAUAAU